UAUGUCGAGUUUAGUUUCGAAUCAUGAAGCUCUACACUGUGUUUGCAGCUGCUGUAUUGUCUGUCUACAUCAGCUUUGGUUUUAGUACUCCACAUUGCCCACAAAGCUGGUUUGGUGACAAAUGCCAGUAUAUGUGUCACUGUUUGAAUCAAGUGACAUGUGACAGUGAUUCCGGUUGUUUGUACGGUUGCCAACCUGGUUGGUUCGGCCCGGGUUGUCAGUAUGAAGACAUCAGAGAGUUGGCAACAAGUGGCAAAGAAGCUUGCACUAAUCCUGACAAUGUAACAAACUAUCGGACAAUUACCUGGAAAAUAGCUUACCCUGUCUCGUGGGUUAGAGUACGCACUGUGUACCGAGGAUCAGCAGACGGCGUUCGAGUGAGGUACAAAAGACAAAAGAACUCAAAAUCUUGGGUCAACUUUCCGGACAAGAAGGUUUUCGUGGACUCAGAUACCAUUGACUUUUUUUCUUUACAAGCUAAGAUGGUCAUUUCUUUACAGUUGGUGAUUGACAGAAAAACUGUAUGUCAAAUACACGUCACGGGAGGGCGCAAUGUGGCAAUCAAACAAGCGACAAGGCAAUCCAGUUUCCUUGGCGAUGAAGGAUAUAGCGGGCCACAGAAGGCGGUUGACGGUUCGAGAGUGAACGACUUUGACCUCAUGAGCUGUACACAUUCCGAUCAUGAGUCAACAUUUCCAGUGUGGGAGGUGAACUUGAAGCCUUCAGCAUUGGUGAGCAGAUACCAGCUGUACAAUAGAGACUCCUUCAUGGACAGGCUGCAACAAUUUAGACUGAGAGGCUACGAUGGUGAUAAGAUGGUGUUCGAAUACAAGGACAACUCGACACGCGAACAGAGUGUUUACAUUGUGACGUCAAAUUCCUCACAGGUUGUGUCCCGUGUUGCCAUAACAGCAGAAAGGCGGGAAAACCAGUUUAAUGUCUAUAUCCUAACAUUAUGUGAGGUAGAAAUUUACGGAGAACCUGACUGUCCGGCUGUUUACUACGGUCUGGACUGUGAGAAGAGAUGCAACUGUAAGAAUAAAACGGAAGUUUGUGUGGUCAGCACGGGUGGGUGUGUCUCCGGUUGUCCAGCUGGUCGCUAUAGUGAGGAGUGCAAAUUUGAUUGUGAGCCGACGUAUUACGACGAUGGAUGUGAAAUGAGAUGCCCAAUAUCGUGUGUUGCUCAGUUAUGUGAUCCAGUCACUGGAGAGUGCUUUAAAUGUGUGCCUGGGUUUCUAGGACAAUUUUGUAACCAAACUUGCCCUGCAGGCAGCUAUGGCUAUAACUGCAGCCAAAAUUGUUCUGAAGCCUGUGGGGGAGACGGAAACUGUAAUCACAGCACAGGGGCGUGUCUUCAUGGCUGCGUAGAUGGGUAUCAAGGUGAUGACUGUCAGAUAUGUAAGUAA